CCCACUUACCAUCUCUACCACUCUUCUCUGCCUCCUCUGCACCGUCAAUUGACAUCACUGUACCAAACAAACACCCCACCAACCUACAUUCCCCCACCGACCGCAACCAUGGGCAAGGCGAAGUACAUCAUGCUCGACUGCGACAACACGCUUGUCCAGUCGGAGCGUUUCGCCUUUGAGGCGUGCGCCGACCUCACCAACAUUGUCAUGGAGAAGCACAACAUCAAGGAGCGCUACACAGCCGACUCGCUGCUCGAGGACUUUGUUGGCCACAACUUCCGUGGCAUGCUCAAGGGCCUCCAGAAGAAGCACAACUUCACCAUGGCCGACGACGAGAUGGACGACUUUGUCCAGCAGGAGCUCGGCGCCGUCACCCGCAAGCUAAGCGAGAAGGCGGUCGAGUGCCCUGGUGUCACCGCGGAGCUUAACAAGCUGAAGGAGCAGGGCUACCCAAUGUCCGUUGUCAGCACCUCCGCCAAGAGCCGUGUCGUUGCUUCCAUCGAGAAGGCCGGCAUCGCCCACUUCUUCCCCCCAGAGCACGUCUACUCGGCUGCCACCUCCCUGAGCCCUCCCAGCUCCAAGCCUGACCCCGCCAUCUACCUCUACGCGGCUGAGCAGCUCCAUGUCAAGCCUUCUGAGGCUAUCACCGUCGAGGACAGCAAGAGCGGUGCCACUGCUGCCAUGCGCGCUGGCAUCCCCUGCAUCGGUUACGUCGGCAUCUACGGCAUCGAGGAGGGCAAGGAGAAGAUGGAGCAGAUGGCCAAGCUUCUCACCGAGGAGACCAAGUGUGCUGCCAUCAUGUACGACUGGAAGGAGUUCCAGGACUGCCUGAAGAAGGUUGAGGCCACCAUGUCCUAGAUGGCUACUGACAGUCUGUUGAGACUCUCGGGGACGGACAUUUGACGAGCUUGCUUGCGGCAGCGGUAAGCAUAACGAGACAUGUGGAACGACCUAUACAAUGGCAUGAGUAAGCAGAUAGAAACUAGAAUCAAAUCCUUCUGGCCCUGUCCGAUCACAA